ACUGCCAUAGUCUACCCCUCUAUUACUGCUCAGAAUUCCCCGGGUUCCUCCGGAACUGUUCGGCUGUUUCCGUCUCCACAUCGGUACCAAUCAGCUCUUUCCAUUUGCCCAGCCUCCGCCCCUCCCUGUUUGCGUUCAGGAUCGUUUGUUUUCGUCUUGCCGAGGCUUUGAAUCGAAUCUAUUCGGAAGACCUCGAAUCGCGCAUAACCAUAAUCGGAGAUAUUCGGGCGUCUUCGGACCUGGGGCUGAGGCGCCGGGGAUGCCACUGGAAUCAUCUUCCUCAUCAAUGCCACCAUCCUUCCCUUCUGUGUUGCCUUCAGUGCCAGACGAUACUGCCAGUUCCACCCCUCCUCCAAUGUCUUACAUCACUUCCCAGGAGAUGAAGUGUAUUCUUCACUGGUUUGCCAGUUGGUCAGGUCCCCAGCGGGAACGUUUUCUACAAGACCUGGUAGCUAAGGCAGUGCCUGGAAAGCUACAGCCACUGCUGGAUGGUCUGGAGCAGCUCAGCGUAUCUGGGGCAAACCGGCCACCUUGUAUCUUCGAGUGUCAACUACGUCUUUGGGACCAGUGGUUUCGAGGUUGGGCUGAGCAGGAGCGCAAUGAAUUUGUCAGACAGCUGGAGGUCAGUGAGCCAGAUUUUGUGGCAAAGUUUUACCAAGCAGUGGCUGCCACUGCUGGUAAAGACUGAUAAGGCCUUCAGAUCAAGAAGAUAACUACAUGUGCUCAAGCCAAAGGCCAUGACUCUAGUGAAGAUUCAGUGCAAGUGUGUCAUUUAAAGAUUGGCCUGAACUGCAGGGUGCACUUUUCUCCCCUGUACCAGGAGGCAGAGGCAGCCUGAUCUUCAUAUCAAGUUCCAGGCCAGAUAGUGCUACAGAGUGAGACACUGCCUUAAAAAAAUUGCUUCAGCUGGGCGUUGGUGGCGCACGCCUUUAAUCCCAGC